AUGUCAGACAACGGUGUUGCAGCAGAAGAUGAGCGCUCUCAGAUCAAGGACGAAGGUGGAGAUGAUGAAGAAGAAAUAUCAGCGAUGAAGAGACGGGUAGCCGAGAUGGAAGCCGAGGCAGCGAAACUGCGGGAAAUGCAAGCAUCGCUGGAUCAGCAGGACAAUGACUUGCGAGAGGACAAGGAAGAUAUCGAUGCGCGCAGUAUCUUCGUCGGCAACGUUGAUUACGGCGCGUCGCCAGAGGAGAUCCAGGCACAUUUCCAGAGCUGUGGCUCUAUCAACAGGGUCACUAUCCUGCUGGACAAGUUCACUGGACAUCCCAAAGGCUAUGCGUACGUAGAAUUCACGGAGCCCAAUCUUGUUGCGCAAGCUCUGGUGCUUAACGAGAGCAUGUUCAGAGGCAGGAAUCUAAAGGACCUCCUCGUGGUCGAGGUGGAUUCGGGCGAGGGGGUUAUGAUAGAGGAGGAGGAUAUGAUCGUGGAUAUGCCCCUAGAGGCGGAUAUCGUGGAGGAUAUCGAGGUCGACCUAGGGGCUACGCUCCAUACUGAAAGAUAA